AUGAAAUGUUUUCGUUGGAAUUUUGAUUUGUUUGGUCUUUUCUUUAAUGAGUCUAUUUUUUUUUUUUUUAUUUUCCCAAUUAUAUUUCUUUUAUCCAAUGAUUUCUCUCUAUUCUUUCUCCCGCUCUUUCUUCAUGUUCUCUUUGUUUUUCACCCACUGCCUGCUCACUCUAUCACUUUCUCUUUUCUAAUAACUGUUUUUCUUUCUUUUGCCUCCAAUUCAUUCUUUACAAUGUUCUUUUAUUUUCUCUUCUCUAUUUAUUCGUCUUUAUUUUCUCAUUUUGUUUUCUUUUUCUUCGUCAAUCCAUUUCUGCUUUCAGUCGCUCAUUUUGCUUCUCUUCUGUUUCCCAUUCUAUUACUACUCCUCCUUUCCUCCCCCUCCUUAAAACACGAAGAAUUCGCCGCGAUAAACCUUCUUCAUGUCUCGAUUUAUGACACUUUCGACUUUCUUUCAACGGUGAUAUUUUCAUAUCUAUUUAACCAUCUCUCUCUCUCUCUCUCUCUCUCUCUCUCUCUCUCUCUUUCUCUCUCCCUCAACCAUCGCUCUCUAUCUCUUUCCCUUCACUGGAUAUUUCUCCCCUCUCUCUCACACAUUUCUCUCUAUAUAUCUCUUAUUCUCUCUUUCCUUUUACUCUCAAUCAGAUUAAGACAUUCCUCACUCUCUCUCUCUCUCUCUUUUCGCUUUCAGUUUCUCCCUGCUCCUUUGCUUUUCUUAUGUCUAUCUAUCUCUACUUAUAUCUAUCUAUCUCAACUUAUAUCUAUCUAUCUAUCUCUAGUUGACUAUCUAUCUAGUUAUGCCUAUCUAUCUAUCUAUCUAUCUAUCUAUCUAUCUAUCUAUCUAUCUAUUUCCAAAAUGAAAUUCGAUCUCGCGUUCUGUAACAAAUUCCUGUCAUCAGUUUCCUUUUUUUGUUUUCUUUUUCUUUUCUUUUUUUUCUUUUUUUUCUUCAUUUUUCCCACCGGCCUUUCUUUUACAAACAUUAUCUCCUUUUUAUCAGUCACUUUGUCAUUGUUUUACGUCAUCUUCUCCCCAUUUUCAUAUCCUCUUUAUAUUGUCGUCUUCCUUCCCUAUACUCCUCUAUCUAUAUCCAUUAAUCUCUAUAUCCUCCUCCUCCUCCUCCCUAUUCCUACGUCUUCUUCCCCCUCUUCAUAUCCUCCUCCGCCUCUUCUUCUUAAUUUUCAUAUCCUUUUCUUCUUCUUCUUCAUAUCCUCCUCGACCCUUACACCCUUUUCUUUCAAAUUAUUCUCCUCUUCUUUCCCCACUCUCUCUCUCUCUCUCUCUCUCUCUCUCUCUCUCUCUCUCUCUCUCUCAUUUAGUAAACAUCUUUUCCUUCAAAGCGUUUAUGACUUGUACUAUUAUUCCUCAGAUGUAACUGGAACAACUGAUCCUAGAAAGGCGAUUUUUUUUCAACCGUUUCAUCAUCUAUCACAAUGUUCUCAUUUACGUUUGUCAUUACUUUGA